CGUGACGUCACCGCCUCUUCGCCGCCGCCUCCAGUCAAAAUGGCGGCUCCCAAUGACUACUUUAGCGUCGGGAGCCAAGUGGCGUGCGUGACCUGCCUCGGGCAGAAGAUCCACGGCGAGGUGCUCGCCUUCGACUACCACUCCAAGAUGCUCACCCUCAAAUGCCCGUCGUCGAGUGGCAAGGUGGGCGUGUGCGACGUGCUGCUCCUCAACCUGGCCCUCGUCUCCGAGGUGGACAUCCUCGCCGAGAGCAGCGAGCCGCCCCCCGUGCUCACGUCGCUCAACACCAACAAGAUUUGGUGGCAAGCAAACAGACUGAGCGGUGAACUCACCGAGCUACCGGCAACUCAUCCGCCCAUAUCGAUACCCGACGGAAAGUCCUCUCUCAAGCCGGGUGCACAGCGAGGUGGAGGAGAAGUUGAGUCACGCUCACGCCGUGAGCAUGGGGGUGUCGCCCGAGGGAAUCCUGUUGUUCCAAACGAUCCAGAAGACGAUCAAGGAAUGCAAGUGGAACGAGAAGAACAUCAUCGUGCUGGAGGACGUGGUCAUCUCUCCGCCGUACCGCGUCGAGAACUGCAAAGGCAGAGAAGGGAGCGCACUGACGCACGUGCGCAAAAUUGUUGAAAAACACUUCAAGGACGUGGACCAAGCCAAGUCGGGGCAGCCUUUGGCGCAGCAGCAGGCGGCACAGAGAGAAGCCCCGCUGUCGUUAUGAACCUCGGGGUUGCUCGUCCCCCCCCCACCUCUCCCUCCCCACCUGUACCCCCCCCACCCCAUUCCCCCAACCCACCGUCCCCCCCCGCCCUCCCUCUAAAACGGACAACCACGACUUCGUCCACUCUACCCAUGGCCACUCGGCUCUGUCUGAGGUGAUGGGGCGAUUAAUAAAAGAAGCAUCAACUGGGACCUCUUAAUCACAGCCCCGCUCCUCCGGUCACCCCCCCCCCCCCCCCCCCCACUGGUCGCCCUCCCGCCCCCACUCCUCUCGGAGAGGUCCCAGAAGAAUGAGAUGAGUACAAAUUAAUCCAACAUCCGAAAUAACUACGUUCCAACUUACCAAAUUCCCAAACGUUAUGUUUUACGAUGAAAAUAUUCCUCGUUCUUUUUUUUUCUCCCCCCCCCCCAACCCCCGUCUUGUUUUUGAAAACUGUUACACUCUUGGCCUUUGAUUUGGACAAAUUGAGUGCUAGAAUUUUCCGUCCCGUCACGUGAGAUAUGUCGGUCUUCCAAGUCUGAUGGCCCCGAGUUGGUGUCGACGCGGACUGCUGUUUUUGUAAAUGCCGUCCUCUCGUCUUAUCAACUCGAUUGGAAAUCAGUGUCCCCCCUGUGGUCUGUCCUCUGUUGAAUUCCUCGCAGUGUCGAAAUCUAAAACUCCCGAUAAACGUUUCCUUACGCGGCCCACAGAUCCACGCCGAACGUGCUACGCGCAAAUUAAAUUGUCCUCUGUGGCGAUUUCUAUUUAUGAGCGCGUAAUAAAAAAAAAUAUUUUCAAAUUUUUUUUUUUUUGUUCGGGGGGGGGGGGGGGGGGGGGGG